AGGCAGACCAUGGCGGACUUGGAGAUGUCGUCUGGGCGUGGAAACCAGGUGAUCAAGGUGGUAAUGCCCACGUACAUCAUGGCGCCGACGGAGGACGAACGAUUCCGCCGUAUAAAGGUGUGCAACAUUAUUUUCAAGUGUAUGACCAAGGAGCUCGAGGGCAAAGAGUUUAACGAGAGCGACUGCAAGGGCUGGAGCAUCGCUAUCGCCGACGCCGUCAAAGCUCGCAUCCACACUGAUUGUAGCUUCCCACGCUACAAGAUCGUCGUACAGACGUUCAUCGGCCAGCAGAGACUGCAGGACGUCCGUAUCACGUCUCGCUGUUUGUGGGACGACGAUCAUGAUAACCACGCCUCGGCGGUGUUUAACAGCCAACAUAUUUGGGCAACUUGCGUGGUUUUUGGCUUCUAUGCGGACUAG